AUGCAUAUUGCAAUGAAAAACAUGGCUAUUCGUUAUGCUUUGCUCCAUAUGUUCUUCUUGUUUUCGCUGGCAGUGGCAACAUCGUCAAACUCUACCAUCACCACCAAACCUGACUGCCAAAGCAGUUGUGGUAACGUAGAAAUUCCAUACCCAUUUGGUAUCGGGACAAAUUGUUCUAUGAACCAAUACUUCAACAUCAACUGCAAUACUUCUUUCAACCCUCCAAAACCUUACCUCUCCUUUGUUAAUGUGAAUUUCGAAGAAGUCCUUAACAUAGAGACGAUUGCCGGACCUGCCGGUGUCUCAUCGCAAAGUGACAAUAGGAGUAGGCUUGGGCUCAGGAAUAGGAUUACUACUUCUAUUAUCAAAUUGCUUUUGGUUGUACAAGUUUAA